AUGCCUGAUAUCCGUUCCUUCUUUGGGCCAAAGGGUGGUGCUGCCCUCCCGCCAGAUAGACCAGCUCCCAAGAACGAUGCUGGGACCAAAAAACGGAGCAGGGGACGCAAAGUUGUUGAGGACAGUGAUGAGGAUGAUGUUGCCGAGGUGAAACCCGCCGCGAAACCCGCGCCCAAGAAGAAGGCAGUUGAUGCCGAACCCAAAGGCACGGCGAUAUCUGCAGAUGCCUACUUCGCGUCCAGCAAGGGCAACAAAACAGCCCGCCCCGAACCAGCCAAGAAGACUACUGAGGUUCCCGUCCGGGCGAGCCCACGAGGCAAACCGGCUGCCCCGAAGGCACCAGUGCCUGCGAAGAACGAGACUCCCACGAAGAAGCGAAACACCAAAAGCUACACGAAGAUAGAAUCGGACGACGAUAAGGACGCUUACGCCGUCCAAGAGGACGAUGAGGACGACGAUAUCUUUGCAGCGGAUGCUAAGGGUCGCAGCAAACGCAAGACGGACGAUUACGAGGAAGCCGAAUCGGAAGAGGAAGACAUACCACAGCCCAAACGCGCGAGAGGUCGGCCAGCGGGAAGUAAGAACAAAGCGGAAGAUGCUAAAAAUGCGGCAAGCGCAAAGAAGCGCAAAUCUCCCGAAGACGACGAGGAAGAGGAAGAGGAGGCCCCUCCAAAGAAAGCAGCCAAACCCAGAGCUCCGAGGACGCAAAAGGCUGCGGACCCCGAGGACCCCGAAUACCAGAGCAUCAUUAACAGCGUUGCUACGGUCCGAGCUCCGACACCACCACCCCAGGACGGGGCCAAAUUCGACUGGCGCAAAUCAAAGGCUGGAGGCGGCAACUCCGCGUCAGCUCCUUCAGCACCGUUAGACGAGAUGCCGGAGGGCGAGGAGGAUUGCCUGAUCGGCCUGACGUUUGUUUUUACUGGUGUCUUGCAGCAAAUUACCCGUGAAGACGCCCAAGCGCUUGUCAAGAAAUAUGGUGGCAAGGUGACAACAACACCGAGCAGCAAGACCAGUUUCGUAGUCCUUGGUCAAGAUGCGGGCCCCAGUAAGCUGGCCAAGAUCAAGGCGCAGGGCAUCAAAACGAUUGACGAGAAUGGACUCUUCGACCUCAUCAGGAAACUGCCCGCCAGCGGCGGUUCAGGAAAGGGCGCAGCCAAGGCCGCCGAGAAGAAGAAAGCGGACGAGGAAAAGAUCAAGUUGCAAGCUGCGGAGAUGGAAAAAGAGGAAAAGGCAAAGAAGGCAGCAGCGGCCAAAGCAGAUAAGGAAGCUGAGGCCAGGGGCGCGCCGAAGCCCAAAGGUACAGUCGACUCCACGACCCAGCUUCUCACAUCCAAAUAUGCACCAACACAACUCAGCCACAUCUGCGGCAACAAGGGCAACGUGGAGAAGAUACAAAGCUGGCUCAACAACUGGCAGAAAUCGAAGAAGUACGACUUCAAGAAAAGGGGGGCUGACGGGCUGGGUGGCGAGCGCGCCUUAAUUCUGUCGGGGCCACCAGGUAUCGGCAAAACCACCGCGGCACAUCUGGCUGCAAAGCUCGCGGGCUAUGAUGUGCUCGAGAGCAACGCCAGUGACACGCGCAGCAAGAAGCUCGUCGAAAACGGCGUGAGCGAUGUCAUGAACAACACCUCGCUGCUGGGAUUCUUUGCUGGCACGGGCAAGAGCGUAGAUACCGCCAAGAAGCACAUUGUCCUCAUCAUGGACGAGGUUGAUGGCAUGUCCGCAGGUGACAGAGGUGGCGUCGGCGCCCUGGCAAAGUUCUGCCGCAAGACCGAAGUGCCCCUAAUCCUCAUUUGCAACGAGCGCAAGUUGCCCAAGAUGAAGCCGUUCGACCAUGUGGCUUUUGACAUUCGCUUCAACCGCCCUACCACUGAACAAGUUCGUUCUCGCAUCAUGACAAUCUGUCUCAGGGAAGGCCUGAAACUACCCGUGCCUGUCAUCGACGCUCUUAUCGAGGGGAGCAACAAGGAUAUCCGACAAAUCAUCAACAUGGUCUCGACCGCCAAGCUUGAUCAGACGAGUAUGGACUAUGAUCAAUCCAAAAAGAUGUCCAAGGCAUGGGAGAAGCACGUUGUUCUCAAACCAUGGGACAUUUGUCAGAAAAUGCUGGGUGGAGGCUUGUUUGCAGAAUCCAGCAAGGCGACCCUGAACGACAAGAUUGAGCUCUAUUUCAACGACCACGAGUUCAGCUACCUGAUGAUCCAAGAGAACUAUCUCCGCACAAAGCCAGUGCUGUUGAACAAUAAGGGAUACACGCAACGCGAAGAGCGUCUCAAGGCGUUGGAGCUAUACGAUGCGGCCGCUGAGAGCAUCAGUGAUGGUGACCUGGUCGAUAGGAUGAUUCACGGUCCUCAACAGCAAUGGUCUCUGAUGCCUACACACGCCGUCUUCAGCACUGUCAGACCUGCCAGCUACGUGUCUGGAAUGUUGAUGGGCUCCAACUUCACCUCCUGGCUUGGCAACAACAGCAAGACAGGCAAGCUCGGACGGUUCACUCGCGAGAUACACUCUCACAUGCGCCUCAAGUCUUCCGGCGAUCAUAAUGAGAUUCGUCAGGAGUACAUGCCUGUGCUGUGGAACCAACUCGUCAAGAAGCUCCAGCUCUUUGGCAGUGAAGCCAUUCCAGAAGCCAUCGAGCUUAUGGAUAGCUAUUACCUCACACGCGAUGAUUUCGAUGCCAUCCAGGAGCUCGGCGUCGGCUACAUGGCCGAAGAGGGUGUGAACAUCGAGACUAAGACUAAGGCUGCUUUUACAAGGAUUUACAACGCCGCAAGCCAUCCUAUUCCGUUCCUGAAAGCAAGCAACGUCACUGCCCCGAAGCAGCAGGCUAAGGACGCCCCUGACCUGGAGGAGGCAAUUGAGGAGGAAGAUGAUGCUCAGCUUGCGGAGCCGGCCGAAGAAGAAGACGAGGAGAUUGACUUGAAGAAGGACAAGCUGAUCAAAGCUCCCAAGAAGAAGCCGGCGAAGAAACCAGCAAAGAAGGCCACGAAGGCCGCAGAUGAUGAGGACGAUGUCGACAAGCCCAAGAAGGGCAACGGCAAGGCCAAGGCUGCGACUGGGAAAGGAAAGGCCAAGUAA